GACGCAGCUGUUGAUUUUUUUUCGCAAAACAAUUGAAAAAAUGAUUUAAAAAAUAAAUAUUUAAUACACACACGAUUAAAAAAUGGCAACAUGGACCAAAAAUCAACCUAGUGGUGGUUCAUCAAGACGAAAAUGGAAUUUAGAUGAUCGCACCACUUUGAAUAACUUGAAAUAUCAUAUAGCCUCGGAAGGCUGUUCGGAAGUACAAUAUGAUUUGGCCAAACAGUUGUUGGAUAACAAUAUAGAACACAAUGAAGAAAGUUCUAGAGAACAAGCGGUACAUUGGCUAUUGUGUGCUGCACAACAGGGUCAUGAGCAAUCCGCCAAUUUGUUGCAGAAAUGUUAUGAAGAAGGAUGUGGCAUUACUGUAGAAAAUGAGCAGGAAGUACGUUCUUGUUUAUCUCUGACACCGGGCGAAAGAGCUGCCCGCAAGGCUGCCCGUGAGCUUUUUGCUUGCCUCUCGAAUGGCGGUAAACACAUUUCACCGCGCCAGCUGGAACGAAAAAUGCGUGAAAUAUAUAAAAUGCAAAAGGCUAAAAGACAACCGGGAGACUCUACUUCCACCUCAGAAGAUGAUAUGGAUGAUGAAGAUCUGGGCCAUCAACCUUUAGAGGAUGGUUCGGCAUCUAUAGCCAAUGGUUCCAUAAAUUUACGCUCUCAUAGGCAAGAGGACAUGAGAAGAAAACCACGAAGGAAUCAUUUGAAUAUGCCUGAAAAUUUCGCCGACAAUGAUCCCAAUAUUACCGAAGAGAAUCUCGUAUCAGCUGCUAUAAAUUAUGCAGCCGGUCGCAUGCCAGCUGUAAAUGAUGCUUUGACACUAACUGUACCACAUCCAGCAACUUUGGAUCAUGUUCCUUGUUUUCAUCGUUUGCUGUUUCAUCCCAUACUGUUCUUUACACUGUUGUAUCAUCGCCUGAUUAAUAUAGUCUCCGAGUUGCCCAAGCGUGUACCACAAAGUAUACGCUUUGCGGUCUUGCUAACACUUUACUGGCUGGUCUCCAGUGAUAAUCUAACCGUGCUACUGCCCAUUGGCUUCUAUUACCUAUGCUGGUGUGUUAUGGUUUGGUCCACCUGUAAAAUGCUUAAGACCAAACAUGAUUUCAUAGAUUUUCGCAUAUGGUCGGGAUUAUUUCUCAGCUAUGGCGACCAUAAUAUAGAGGCAGAUAUUUCGGAAAAUCGUUUCUUGAAGAACAAUAUGCAGCCGUAUUUGUAUUUUUUCUGUGCUUUUAUAGGCAAUUUAUUGGUUUAUCCGCUAAUCUCCUCGGAAUGGUUGCCACAUUCAGAACUCACCACUAUGGCUGGCAUAUUUGUGUUUAUCUCUAUGUUGGCUUUUAUGUACUCGUCUCAACGUUUUCCUGACUGGAUUGUUUUAGUGUCGUUCGGCGUUAAUGUCCUGGCCAAAUAUCCCUACGAAAUGGACGAAGUUGUGACUACAGGUUGGCGUUUUCUGGAUCUUAAAGUUCCCACUUUUUGUUCGUUUGUCAUUGGCAAUGGCAUAGAGUUUUGUUUGAAUUGUCGCACGGCUUUGUAUCUGUUAAUACCCAUGUUUUUGGUGCAUUUGGCUAAGAGAUCCAAUUGGCAUGGCACUUACACGCAUCUUAUACCGCAUUGUGUUACACUUAGUUGGCUGCAGUUGUGCAUAACGAGUGCUCAAAGUGCCACUAUGUUUGGGGUGGUGAGAGCAACAUUGGGUCUGGCUGGCAUUUUACUAUUUUUGCCAUUAUUUGGUUUGGUGUCGCUGUUGAUACCUGUAUUUGUGGUCAUCGAGUGGCUGGGCUUUACGGAUCCUAAUAUACGUUUGGGCAGCACUGUGGUGGCAUCGUUGCUGGCACUUUUGGGCUCUUGCUUUUUGGCUAUAAAUCGAACCACUCAGAAGUAUAUAACGGUGAUUCAGCUCUUCAUAUGUGUCACCUUUGCCUGCGUCCUUACAUUCCCUUAUAUGACAUCCAACUUCAAAGAUACGCGCUUUAACAACAUGAUACCUGAUCUUAAACAUCAACCUGUUAUAACCACCUCCCUGCCGGUGGAAGAAACCCACAUGCCACCACCACCUACAGAGUAUUUGAGUUGGCAACGUUUCUAUGCUCAUUGUGGAUCACAAGCCUGGUGGAAGGACAACAAUAAAAUUAAAACUCAACUUAAGUGCGCCCAUUUAGAGGGACAGGCCGUGGCUUGGGAGGGUGAUGUAACACAAGUGCAAAUAUCAAGUGUUCAAAAUAAACCGGCCUGGUACAUUAAUCAAUAUUUACCAAAUUGGCUAAAUCGCAUGAUAUCCUGUCUAUACGGCGAAAGUUUGGAAACUCUAUUCAAAUGCACCAAACCGCACGAUCAAUUGUGCAAUGAUUAUCAAAAUAUUUUGAAAAAUGCUCACUUGAAUCAACGUUGUUCGUUGCACAAAUGGAAUACCUAUGAAUAUGAGAUACGGAUAAAAAUGUCAUCAGGUUUACUGGACAAACGACAGGAAGUUGUCUUGCAGGCUCAACAUAAGUUUGGCAAUUUUACUCGCCGUUUGGUGGAGGGUGAUCGUGUGCACUUUUAUGGCACGCUCAUCAACAGUCGAAUAUUGUCAUGGCCUUCAGCUCAAAGAUAUGAAGAAUACAUAUUGGGUUCUUCAAUGGCUCAUAUAAAAUUGGCUGCCAUUGAGUGCUUGCAGUGUAAGGAUCGUGACAAUCCCCCCGUAAUAUUGGAUGCUUUAUUGAAAUCACCUGUUGAUGCUCGUAUGCGUGAUUUAAUGCGCGGUAUUAAAUAUUUACUUAAUGUAUUUUUAAGUCCUUUAAUAACAUUUAAAUGAACACAUUAAUGUGUUUUUAUGUAGGUAUUAAUUGUUAAGGUUGUUUUCUUUUCUGUUUUUCUUAUUAAUUUUUACUUACUCCAUUUGUUUUUUUUUAAUAAUAUAAUAAAAUUAUACUUAUUUUUUGUAGUUUAGUUUAAACCCUGAGGUUAGUUAGUAAAACCUUUACUCAAAAACCAACCAACAAUAAACCAUGUAAUUUGUAAUUUAUUACUACCAUUAAAUUAUUAACAAAAACUAAAUCAUUACAUGUGUAUAAAAUAAAUGUAUGUGUUUGUUUGCAUAUUGAAAUGAAUAAUAAAUGAACAAAUGAAUUAUUAGA